CCAGACAAGACCAUCAUCAUGUGGAAGCUGACCCGGGAUGAGACCAACUACGGGAUCCCCCAGCGCGCCCUGCGCGGCCACUCGCACUUCGUCAGCGACGUGGUCAUCUCCUCCGACGGCCAGUUCGCCCUGUCCGGCUCCUGGGACGGCACCCUGCGCCUCUGGGACCUCACCACGGGGACGACGACGCGGCGCUUCGUGGGGCACACCAAGGACGUUCUGAGCGUGGCCUUCUCGUCCGACAACCGGCAGAUCGUGUCGGGCUCCCGGGACAAGACCAUCAAGCUCUGGAACACCCUGGGGGUCUGCAAGUACACCGUGCAGGUGGGGCUGGGGUCACCCCUGGGGGGUUUGGGGUCACCCCUGGGGGGUUUGGGGCCCAACCCCGCUGAUUUUGGGCCCAACCCCAUUGAUUUUGGGCCCAACCCCAUUGAUUCUGGGCCCAAUCCCAUUGAUUUUAGGCCCAACCCAGUUAAUUUUGGGCCCAAUCCCAUUGAUUCCCCCGGUGCCCCCCAGGACGGGCAGGCCAUGCUGUGGGACCUGAACGAGGGGAAGCACCUCUACACCCUGGACGGGGGGGACGUCAUCAACGCCCUCUGCUUCAGCCCCAACCGCUACUGGCUCUGCGCUGCCACCGGGCCCAGCAUCAAGAUUUGGGACCUGGAGGGGAAGAUCAUCGUGGACGAGCUGAAGCAGGAGGUGAUCAGCACCAGCAGCAAAGCCGAGCCCCCACAGUGCACGUCCCUGGCGUGGUCGGCCGACGGGCAGGUGAGACCCCCGGCACCACCAGGGACCCUCCAGGGGGGAAUAAAGGGG